CAGGCUCAGUUAUAAUAUAUUUAAAGGUGAAGAAAAGGUCCGCGGGAGCCCCGGCCGCUAUGAGUCUGGAAUCCUUGCUUCAGCACAUCAUCUUCUCGGAGCAUCAGGCCGAGGAGAGUCGGCGCUUGAUGAGAGAGGUGAGAUUGGACAUAAGCAGAUGUCGUGAAAAAAUUUGGAAAGCAAUGGAGAAGCUGAAUGAAGAGAAAAUCAUAUUGGAAGCCAAGGUUCAACAACUUUCUGAAAAAUCCUUCCUCUUACAACUUUUGAAAAUUCAUGAAAAUGCCUUAGAAAGACAGUGCAGUCAAAUUACAAACCAAAGAAAUAUGCUUCUCCAAACCUUUGAUUCCACAAAGAAAAAAAUUACAGAAGAGGAGGAAAAAUUUACAAAGGAAAUUACAGACUUCAAUAAAGAAUAUGAAAUAAUAAAGAAAAGAGAAUUUCUAAUGAAAGAAAAUGUCAAGAUUGAAAUAUCUGAUUUGGAAAUCCAGGCUAACAUUUUGAAAAGUGAAAUGAAGUCAAUGGAACAUGAUUGUAGCCAGUUAAAUAAAUUUCAUAAACAAAAGAGUGAAUUACUACAAGAAUUAUUUAUACUACAAGGAAAACUUAAAGUUUUUGAAGAUAAAAAAAAUGAAGCUAUUUGUACUACCAAAUACUUAGAAGCGGAAAAAUUAAAAACCAGUGAAAAGCCACAAAAUGAUCCUGAAUGCUUAAGACUGAAAAAAGAAUUAGAUCUUUAUAAGGAAGAUGACAUGCAAAGUGUUUAUGAAGCUCUCCAAACAGAAAUAGAAUUUUUGGAGUUGACAUUGGCACAGAAAGAUCUUCAGUAA